AUGGUACUGAAGGGUCAAGGUCAGGGGUCCUUGUGGAGCAAAGAAGCGCAGCGGGAGGGUCGCCGCCGGCCGGCGCGCAUCCCCGGUGGGGCCGGGCGCGCCCACCCCGACCGCGGCGGCACCGGGCGGGCGGGGCGGAAGUCGUUCUGGGAAGGCGGCGGGGUGGCGGGCCGGGUGGCGGCUCCGGGACGCUCGGCCGCAGCGGAAGCCGUCGGGGAGGAAGUUAUCUGGGGCACCGGGCUGAGGUCAGAGCUGGAGCCGGGGCCGGGCGGGCACGCCCUCGGCGGCCGUGGGGUCUGGGCGCAGACCCGGUCCUGCAGGCCGCCCUGCCCGCGUUUCCCCGCGCACGGUGGGCGUGCCGUGGUGCGGGUGGGCCGGGCGCCCCCUGGUGGCCGCUGGGCGCGGCGCUCUCCCGCCCCGCGCCGCUCCCGCCCACCGCCCGGCUGCCCGUUGCUUCCCGGUCCCCUGCCACCCAAGUCGUUCCCAGGAACUGGCCGCCUGCCCUCCGGCCCUCCCAUCCCCUGGCCCUGGAGUCCGGUGUGUGUGCAGACGCGGGGCUGCCUCUGGUGGUUGGAGGUGGGAAGAGGGAAGACACCAGAGUCGUUCGUUCGUUCAUUCAUUCAAGUAACUUGGGAGCACAUCGGUGCCCAACGCUUGGAGAUGGGGUCUCCUCUUCAGUUCCCACCAGGUCUUCUUCACUGCUGGAGAACCUGGCCAGGCCCGUGCAGGCUGGAGGCAAGGGCACCAGCUCCUCCUGCAGGUCACAUGUGGCAUCAAGGAACUAUUCUAUGAUUCCAGUGGUGUGCAGCUGAAUAUUAAGCAGCUGACUUCCUGGAAAAGAAGAAAGGAAAGAAAAGAAAGAAGGAAGGAAGAAGGAAGAAGGAAGAAGGAAGGG